UUGCUUUUGCCAGCUUUUGCCUUGUUUAUGUUUAUAGGAAUGAGUAUUUCUUGUAUUAAAUUCUGCAAAUUUUUAAAUAAUAAAAACGUAGAUAUUGUUUUACAGUAAUGCAAUUUAUGUAAAUUUAUUAGAAUAAUGUCUGUGCAUUGGAGUUCGGAGUUAAUGAAAUGGGAAUACAGAGACCUUCAGGCAACAGCUAUGACUGUUGAUUAUUCAGGGAAUAAUGUUUUAUUAGUAGGUCGAAGAUGGCUUGCUAUCAAACAAUUAAGCUUUGAUGAUGAUUCUGGUGACAUCAUAAAAAAAUACCCUCGACAUAGCAAAUAUGAUGCAGCAGGCGCCGAAUGGUGCCAGUCGUACCCUGGACAGAAAUUAUGUGCUAUCGCUAGCAAUCAAAGAGUGGAUGUGUACGAAUGGCGUUCAGGAAAUGACCUAACAUGUAUAUGUUCACUAAAAGGGCACACUCGUGUAGUAAGUGACACUCAUUUUCACAGACAAGAGCAUAACUUAAUAGCUACCUGCUCGAUUGAUACAUACACACACAUGUGGGAUUUGAGAGAUUCUAGGAAACCUGUUGUUUCACUCUGUGCUGUUGCUGGAACCUCUCAAGUUCAAUGGAAUAAAGUUGCUUCACACAUUGUGGCCACUGCACAUGAUGGUGAUAUUAGAAUAUGGGACUACCGCAAAAACUCUGCACCUCUGCAUUACAUAUCAGCACACCUUUGUAAAAUACAUGGAGUUGACUGGAGUCCUCACCAUGAAUAUCAAUUGGUAACUUCAAGUCAUGAUGGAAGUAUAAAAUAUUUUGACAUAAAUAAUGCGAGAAGGCCUGAGAAUGUGAUUAUGACGAAUUUCCCUGUAUGGAGAGCUAUAUACACACCAUUUGGUAGUGGUCUUCUUACAAUUGGUGUUGGUUGGGGCGGGUUGCCAAGAGUUGAACAAGCUGGAGUUAUUGGUAUUUGGAUAGAGGGUACCCUCACACACAGACUGGUUGGCCAUACAGAUACAGUGCAGACAAUGGUGUGGAGACCAAAUACACAUCCUUCUAACUAUCAGUUAAUAACCUGGGGUCGGGAUCAAACUCUAAGGAUAUGGAACAUGCAUCCGUCCCUCCUUAAAAUGUGUUCACACUUUUUACCUGAUGACUCUGAUAUGGAUGAAGAUAAUAUUAGUGAUGCCAGUUAUGCGUCUACAAUAAGUUCAUUAAAUGACUUGUCAGCGAGUGAUAACAAGGGUCAAGAAAUUCAAAUGAACAAAAUUAUUCACAAAACACCAACAUCAAUAGAUGAAGAGUUCGAAUCCAUAAGAGAAAUGGCAAACAUUGAAGUAACAGACAUGAAUAUUGACACUAGGACAUGCCAGAUACAUUCAGAACGUAAUGGCUACACGGCUAACUUACAAGUGACAUUCCCAAGAAAUGUUACAGAACAAACAAUUCCUAAGUUCUCAUGGCUGUCGGGAACUAAUGUAGACAGUCCGACAACAAUUAAAAUACUACAAGCAAUUAAUAAGGCCGCAAAUAGAAGAAAAAAGGAAGGACAACGAUGUCUGUUACACUGUUUGAAAACAUUAGCUACCUCUAUAGAUGAAAUCCCAGUAAAAUCAAGUGAUGAUUCAGACUCGAUGAAAUCCAGUCAGCGAAGUCAAUCUGAAUGUGAGAAUGCUGGUGAUUCCUGUAUACCAUUCCCUAGAACCUGUGGGGCUAAAUGGUGCGGUGUUAGUACACUGGUGGUCUUCAACCGACCAUCAAACUUGAGGAGGUUGUCGUUGAAACAUGAGACUGGGACACCCAGGUCUAUGUCAUCAUUGUCAAUUGUACCUGGUGUCUUUGGAACUGGAUACUCAUCAAUAUCUCCUCACGCCACGACCACGCCUUCGCCGACGAAUGCUUCGGGCUUCGCUCAGAUGCUCCACAGACACCCGUCCAACUCCAUCACAACAUUUUAUUUUCAAGAUCGGUGGAAGACACAGAGCCGGCGCACGGGCAGCAUGAGAAGCCGUGGUAGUAUCUCGCUGUGCGCCACGCCGCGUGUCUUGAUCUACGCAGCCGACGGGCUGUUCCCGCUCAACCGCGUGCUGGCUGAGAAGUACAUCGUAGACCCGGACAACCCUGUCGAAAUGUGCUCGCGCAACGGGCGGGCGUCCGCGGAGGAGGGCGAGGGGGAGGUGUCGCAUGCGUGGAGCCUCGCCGGGCUGGCGGCGCGAGCCCUGGCGGCCGCGCCCGCCCCGCACCAGCUGCUGUCAUCCGAGGAGAGCUGCGGCUGGAGCAGGCACCCGCUGUGCGCCACGCUCGUGCAUUCGCUAAUAUCACAUUACGCGAAAAUGUCUGAUCUGCAAACGGCAGCCAUGUUGGCGUGUGUAUUCACAGUGUUCAAUGACUCCAGCAGUUCUAGUUCUAUCUCCACUACGAGCACCUCAAGUUCCGGCAACAACCCGUCUCCGACCAGCACUAUGAACCAGUAUAGCGAGAUCAGCGCGGACGGCUGGACUCUGCCCAUCCUUCGCAGCAACUCCUGCUCGGAGGCGGAAAACCUGGACGCUGACCCGUCUGCGAGGGGGGAGAAACUCGACGAGGCCACAGUCCAUCUCUACCACUGCUACAAGCGGACCUACGCCGACGUACUCCAUCGCUGGCAGCUCUUGUAUAAACGAACGGAGGUCAUGAAGCUGGUGCGGGGCCGGGAGCGGCAGGAGCAGUGGGGCGCGGAGUGCGGGCGUGUUGCGUGCGGCCGGCCGCCGCGCUGUGCGGUGUGCGCGCGGUGUGUGCGCGGCCUGGCGCUGACCUGCGCGCUGUGUGCGCACGCGGGCCACACGCGGCACCUGCUCACGUGGUUUGAGAAACAUGACACCUGUCCGACUGGGUGUGGCUGUAAAUGUGUCAUGGAGGGAAACGCAGUGUGGAAAGGAGUUAAAUACGUCUAAAUAUGAUAAGAAUAUGCCUUAUUUUAGACGCUUUUAAGAAUUAUCACAAUUGUAAUAAAAAAAAAUUAUUGAUCCGCAAUUUUCCGCAAAGUAACGCAGUAGGCGUUCCAUAAUUAUCCAUAUCCAGGAAAUCCAUAAUUAUCCAAAUGUUUUGAGUUUUCCCUAGUGUUGAUUCCGCCAAUAUUUGUCUUGAAACAAAACAAACUCUGAAGUCUCGUGCCAGAUUUUGGCGAGUCAACACGUCCUGAGGAUGCCUCGUGUAGAGGCGAAACACGUGUCGAAUUGUUUUAAGACAAUAAGAAAAAUAUUGGCGGAAUUAUCACAAAGUAAAACUCAAAACAUUUGGACAAUUGUAAUAGAUAUAAUUAUUACUUAUCAAAUUAUAAAUAAUAAUUUAUGUGAACUUAAUAAUACCUUUUAAGAAUAAUGUGAUUUAAUUACAAAUACGCUUAUCACUGCCGAUUUUGUACAGAAAGGAAAUAAAAUGAUAAAAUAUUAA